AUGUUGUGCCGACAGUCGUCGCGGACGGACCUCCUGACCGGCGAAGAAUAUGCCCUCGGAGGAGAUGGAGAAGGAACAAGACACAAGGACAACGACAGAAACACUGGUCCGCUCGGGGUGGUGGAGCCCUCCCCCCAGCUCCGGAGAUUCGUUGCGUCACCAGCUUUCUACAUCUCAACUCCUUUCCUUCCUCGACCUUCUCCUACCGUCUUUUUUCCUCACCAAUUACUUUUGACAGAGUUACCUCUGAUGAUCGUUAUGAGCUACUUCCAAGUGACCACUUAA